AUGUCGGCGCAAUAUCAGCAACAAGAUUAUUACAACAACCGGCGCUCUGAUAUGUCGGAAAAGUACGACGCACCAAUGAGAAAGCCCACACGUCGUGAACAGAGCGCCAGAUCCAGCGAAGGGACAGUCAGUACAAUGAUGAGCUCUUCUUCAGGCAGAGAGUCAGCAGUCACAAACGUUACGGAGGGUCCAGCAUAUUCGAAGAAGAUCGUCGUUGUUGGAGAUGGAGGAUGUGGGAAGACCUGUCUCUUGAUCAGUUACAGUCAAGGCUACUUUCCAGAGAAAUAUGUACCCACAGUCUUUGAGAACUACAUCACAUACCCAACUCACCAGGCAAGCGGCAAGACACUUGAGCUAGCUCUGUGGGAUACGGCCGGACAAGAAGAAUACGAUCGUCUUCGUCCUCUCUCAUACCCAGAGACCGACUUGUUGUUUGUUUGUUUCGCCAUCGAUUGCCCCAACUCUUUAGACAAUGUUAUGGACAAGUGGUACCCCGAAGUCCUUCAUUUCUGCCCAUACACUCCUCUCGUCCUCGUCGGCCUCAAAUCAGAUCUUCGAACCAAGCGUACCUGCAUCGAUCUCCUCAAAACCCAAGGAUUGACGCCGGUUACGCAAGAGCAAGGAAUGAACGUGGCACGCAAGAUGGGAGCGAGAUAUAUGGAGUGCAGUAGUAAGGAGAUGACCGGAGUGGACGAAAUCUUCACAGAGGCUAUCAACACAGUUGUCGCGAAUGAUCGGAGUAACCAACGCCAACAACAAACAUCAUCGUCUGGAGGAGGAUCAGGUCCGCAACUUGGUGGGAUCAAGAAGAAGAAGCGGAACUGCCGUUUCCUGUAA